AUGACCAAGGGAAGCAGAAAAGGGAACAAGCUGCUGCGGUACAUCAAGGCCCCUUAUCGGGCACUGCUACGUGCCCGGGACUUGUACGUGAAUAGCAUGGCCGGAUGCGCCGGCAGGGCCCAACGCGGGCCGACGAUCAUCGCGAUGCCGCGCGCCCAGAGCCGCAGCUUCCACCGCCCGCAAAUGAGCAGCGGCGAGGACGACAUCAACGAGCUCAUCCGCGCUGCGUCGAGGAUCAGGCAGCGGUCCGUCGAGGGAGCGGCGGUGCCGAGGAGUCACAGCGUGGCGGCGAUGACGAUUGACGAGGACAAGCCAUGCAACUUUGAGGGCCACGUCAAGGUGGCCUUGGGCCCGAGGAGCCGGAGCUGCGACGUCGUCUCCAAGAGGAGGGCGGGGUUUACAACAAGCGCCGUAAGCAGCAUCCAAAGCUUCUAA